UCAUCAUCAUCAUCAUCAGCACUAACUUCAGUCUGAGCUGCUUGGGCAGAGGAGACGUCUGUCCGUAUGGAGGAUAAACCGUUCACCUGAUUUGUCUUCGCCCGUGGUUUGCGGCAUGAGCUACACCUGGAAACGUAGACAUUUGUAUUUUUCUUUUUUACAUGCAACUGGCUCAAGAUGUUGUUCCAUCGAUAUGACAACGAUACCAUUCACCAGUCAGCGUGAUUUGCUAUGGUGAUACUACCAGCUAACCCCAAGCUAGCAGAGGGAUUGUUUUGGGAGAUACCUUUUUUUUUAAAUACUCUCACGCUGACACACGAAUUAGUGACUUUUGUGGAUUUUUUUUAAAUCAAGCUGGAACACAAAAGGGAAUGUCUAACCAAGGAGUUAGGAGAAAUGGCCCAGUAAAGCUGCGGUUAACAGUCUUGUGUGCAAAGAACCUGGCAAAGAAAGACUUCUUCCGGUUGCCAGAUCCUUUUGCCAAAGUGGUGGUGGAUGGGUCAGGACAAUGCCACUCUACAGAUACUGUGAGAAAUACGCUGGACCCAAAGUGGAAUCAACAUUAUGAUCUAUACAUUGGAAAGGCAGACUCCAUCACCAUCAGUGUAUGGAACCACAAGAAGAUCCACAAGAAGCAGGGUGCCGGUUUCCUGGGCUGUGUACGCCUUCUGUCCAAUGCCAUCAACAGAUUAAAGGACACUGGCUGUAAGUAUCAGAGACUCGACCUGAAUAAACUGGGCCCCAAUGACAAUGAUACUGUGAGAGGACAGAUUGUAGUAAGUCUACAGUCGAGAGAUCGCAUUGGAUCAGGAGGGCCUGUGGUGGACUGCAGUCGUCUCUUCGACAAUGACUUACCUGACGGGUGGGAAGAGAGGAGGACAGCUUCUGGAAGGAUACAGUAUUUGAACCACAUAACACGUACCACACAAUGGGAGAGACCUACCAGGCCAGCGUCUGAGUAUUCCAGCCCAUCAGGACGUCCGCUUAGCUGCGUGGUGGAUGAAAACACACCAGUGAUGACGCCUGUUAAUGGGGCUGAGGCCAGUGGUCCACCAGGUGAGCAGCGGAUCCAGGAGAGACGGGUUAGAUCGCAGCGACACCGCAACUACAUGAGUCGGACGCACCUGCAUACGCCGCCUGACCUGCCUGAGGGUUAUGAGCAAAGAACAACUCAGCAGGGUCAGGUCUAUUUCCUCCACACACAGACAGGAGUCAGUACCUGGCAUGACCCCCGGGUACCCAGGGACCUAAGCAAUGUGAACUGUGAGGAGCUUGGCCCUCUGCCCCCCGGCUGGGAGAUCAGAAACACAGCCACUGGCCGUGUCUACUUUGUGGACCAUAACAAUCGAACAACACAGUUCACAGACCCACGACUGUCUGCCAACCUGCAUCUAGUGCUCAACCCAACUCCAAAUGGUUCCCGUGUGGCCAUGGAGAGCCAGAACACUAACCUCAGUCAUCCCAUUCAGUUGAAGGACCAGAUUGGUCCUCCUGUUCCCCCUCCGCAAGUUCUGUCACCAGCCCAGUUACCUGAAGAAGCAGAGUGCCUGACAGUGCCCAAAUACAAGAGAGACCUGGUGCAGAAGCUGAAGAUCCUGCGGCAGGAACUGUCUCAACAACAACCCCAGGCUGGUCACUGCCGCAUCGAGGUCUGUCGAGAGGAGAUCUUUGAGGAGUCGUACCGACAAGUGAUGAAGAUGCGUCCAAAGGAUCUGUGGAAAAGACUGAUGAUUAAGUUCAGAGGAGAGGAAGGACUGGACUAUGGUGGCGUAGCUAGGGAAUGGCUAUAUCUGCUAUCCCAUGAGAUGCUGAACCCGUACUACGGCCUAUUCCAGUACUCCAGAGAUGACAUCUACACUCUUCAGAUUAACCCAGACUCUGCUGUCAACCCGGAGCAUCUGUCGUAUUUCCACUUUGUGGGUCGUAUCAUGGGAAUGGCUGUGUUCCACGGCCACUACAUUGAUGGAGGCUUCACUCUGCCCUUCUACAAACAGCUGCUGGGUAAACCGAUCACGCUGGAUGAUAUGGAGUCUGUUGAUCCUGACCUCCACAACAGCCUCGUCUGGAUUCUGGACAAUGACAUCACUGGUGUCCUGGACCACACUUUCUGUGUAGAGCAUAAUGCUUACGGAGAGAUUAUCCAACAUGAGCUGAAACCUAAUGGCAAAAGUAUUCCUGUCACAGAGGACACCAAGAAGGAGUAUGUCAGGUUGUAUGUGAAUUGGCGUUUCCUGCAUGGCAUCGAGGCUCAGUUUUUGGCCUUGCAGAAAGGCUUCAAUGAGGUCAUCCCUGAACACCUUCUUAAAUCCUUUGACGAGAAGGAGCUGGAGCUGAUCGUGUGCGGCCUGGGAAAGAUCGACAUUUCAGACUGGAAGUCUAACACCCGUCUGAAGCAUUGCACCCCUGACAGCAACAUCGUGAAGUGGUUUUGGAAAGCUGUGGAGUCGUUCGACGAGGAGAGGAGGGCACGACUUCUGCAGUUUGUUACUGGCUCGUCCAGAGUCCCACUGCAAGGCUUUAAAGCUUUACAGGGUGCUGCAGGUCCCAGACUCUUCACCAUUCAUCAGAUCGAUGCCAACACCAACAACCUGCCCAAAGCCCACACCUGCUUUAAUCGGAUUGACAUUCCGCCCUACGAGAGCUACGAAAAGCUGUAUGACAAGCUGCUAACGGCCAUCGAGGAGACCUGUGGCUUCGCAGUGGAAUGAGAGACACUUUGGAGAGUGUGCGUUUGUGUAUGAAUUAUGUGCAACUGUGUGCGAGACUUUGAUAGACUAUUAUCGUGAAUGCGACAUGCUGUCAAUCUCACUCAGAGAUGGAUAUGAGCAUCUUUGACCAGCCUGCAGUCUUCCUCCAAUCUCACGGCUGUCCACAUUUGUUUCUUAUUGAUGAUCUCAUUGACCCGUCUGAACAGCUGCUAGAGAUUCAUCCCAUUUUUCUUUCUUUUUUCUUUUGGUGUCAAUCAAUAAGAGCUGCCUAGAGACGCAGUUAUCAUUUUGACUUGGCAGUUUUUUUGUCUUUGCAGUCAGAAAAAGGAACUGUGGGGUAAAAAAAUGAAAACUCUUCUUACUUUGAAAGUAAUCAAAUCAGAAGAUUGACAUAGUAGUCAUUUGUUACCUUGCAAAAUUUUCUGUAAAAACAGCGAGGCACCAUUUUGUGUUGCAGUCUGAACUGAUUAAAGUGAUCCUCGUCAUGCUACUGAAUCUAUAACGUUGCAGGUAGCCAUAUCUUGCCCAUAGUAGCCAUUUUAACCUCAUUCAAUACUGGAGCGCCACAAAUCCCUCCUACCUCAGUGUCAUUUUUAAACAUUUAAAGGGUUUCAUUCCAAAAUGCUAUCAUAUUUUGUAAAGAAAAAUAAAAAACAAAAUUGGUAUCACGUGUUACUCAAAAUCAGAAUAAAUUUUUACAGCAAUGCUUCUCAGUUACUUACACUUUUAUACAAGCGGUUAUUUUGUACCUGUUAGACUGUACGAUUGAAACAAUAAAUGUAUCAUUUUGAAAUGGAACUCACACAGACGGACAUGGAUGCAGAGUAGGUCUGAGGUUUUGUGGCGUUUUUUAUGUCGAGCUUGUGACGAUUGCUCAAAGAUGAGAGACGGACUCUGGUGAAGAAGAAAGAAAAUAAUUUUUUGUGGUUGUUUUGUACUUAAUCAUUGCACACAUUGGCCACAGCUCCUAUAAACGUAUGUCUGUGUGUUCCUGCAUGUUUACACAAAUGUACGUUUUUAUGCAAGUUAGGUAGAGAUUUGUUGAGGAGUUCUCCUUCAGCUCUGCUCGCACAGUCUCCUGUGUGCGUCACUGCAAACAUCAUACUUUGAGCCUGGUUCAUCUGCCUUCACUGCAUGUUCUUUCUCUGUUCUGUCCGACCCUGUGUAACUGACACUUCCUGCCACAUGGUUUGUGAAGGACACAUCUGUCCCCGGAACCAGGCUUGAUUUGAAAGAAAAAAAUAUAAAGAAUCUUUCAAGGCAGAUGUCUAUUUUCAGUCACAUCCGUUUAGUCUCUCGUCACUUUAGAGCACUUUACAAACUAAGCAGUGAUGCAGGAGUGCUUCCUUCACAUUAGAUUAAAAAAAUAUAUCAUGUUUAAUUUGCUAUUCAAUUACAUUAGAAAUAUACAGAGACAAUUGUAUCUAUACACCUGUAAUGUUUGAGUAUAUAUGUACAAAGCAUAGCUAUUUUGUAUAUUGUUGCUUUUUUUCUCCCCUUCUGUUAAUUUUAAAUGCAAGCAUGUUGCAGUCUGUCACAGGCCUCUUUGCAUUCUCAGGUGAAGUUCUUUUUUCUUUUUCUUUUUCUUUUUUUUGCAUUUAUUAUGCUAGUAUGUGAGAGAACAGAGUAAAACUGGGUCAUAACAGAAACUAGAUUUCAGAGAAACUGUCAAUAAAUCCAUGAUAAAGUGUAGUGGUUGGCAGUUUAAAGUGACACGCGUUACGUCUUCAUGGGUGAGCAGGAAAGGCUAUAUUUGCUGCUCUGGAUGUGUGCGUCACCAGACGAUGACCAAGCAGCUUAAACAUCCAUAUCAUUUAAUUUGCAUGAGAACAAUCUGUCUGCAAACAUUAGGGGUCUGACUGCUGCUGAACUUGUGGGUGCUACACAGUGAAAAUGAUAGACCAAAAUCACUAACAACCACAGGCAGUAGUAGGAAGUGUCUCCAUCACCAGAACUUACCCCCCAGCCCCACCCUACAUCAACGAAUACUUGAGAUGUCAAACCUAUUUAUUAUUUGUUCAGUUAUUCUACUCUUAGGAAACUUGAUGACUUGGAAAAACCAGUAAAAUGUUUACUUUUUUUUAGAAAAUGCAUUCUGCCUGCAACCGUGAACAGUUCUGGUCUUAUCAUGUGGUCAUCAUGGAGACACUGACACGUACCUUUAAUGACCUGAGGCUAAGAAGAAAUGCAUUACAAGUCAUAAUAAUCAGACUCUUCCUACUAUUUACCUAAAAGCUAAUGGACUGAUAUAGACACAUUCUUGAUAUGCACACAAAUGUGUACGUCCUUGUUUGUUUGUCGAGUGCACAGCGUUCUCAUUCUCUGGCUGAUUCAGUCUUCAAUGCAAACGUUGUGGGGGUUUGAGUUCUUCCAGACGAGAGCAGAGGGAAAUUACACUGACUCACAGUUUAAGACACAAACGCAUGAUAACAAUUUUGUAACUCAUUGACUUUAUCAAGCUCUAAAGGGAGGCUUGAUGUCCGCUUUGUCUGAUCUUGAUAAUUGAUUAUUCUACUUGAUCAAGUUGAGAGAUAAUUAUGUGCUGUAAUGAUUUGUAUUUGCAAACCACCACAGCUCCCCCACACUUUUAAGGAAACAUAAUCAAAAUGUGCAAAUCUGUGUGUUUGUGUGAAAAUGACUUUGAAUUUAAUUCAGUAUAAAACAAAAAAUGUGUAGUUUUUUUUUCUCAUCCAUGUUUUGUUUUUGUGGGGGGGUGCUCUGUUUUUGUAUUUAUUAUUACAGUAUACAUUCAUUGAUUUUCCACAUCAGCUGCUCUGUGAGCUUGUAACUGACACAUGUACAUAAGGACAAUAAAGAAGCAAUGUAAUUAACUUCUUGUACCCUCGCAGAAAACUAAGCAAUAAAACUAUGCUGUUUGGACCUCACAGCAUUAUGUUUUAUAGAACCACAUCUAUUAGCUCAAUCCCCCCCUCCCCGUUGUCCAUACAUUAUGUCAUGUGACCAAUGAUCGAUUGUCGUUGUAGCCCUACUGAAUAUGCUUAAAAUCUGGCCUGCAGUCUGAACAAGGCCUUUGAACGUCAUCGUACCAUUUGAGUGCUGUGUCGCUUUAAAUGUUAAUCCGCUGCGGUUGACUCCACCCCCUUCUUCCGCGUUUUUUUUUCUUAAAAAAAAAGAAAACAGUCACGUGACAUGGCUACGCGUCCUCGGGAGUAAAAUGGCUGCUGGAUCUGGAUGGACCACAUCGUUAGCACCGUACCAGUUUGAGCCAGAGUCCGAACCAGAGUCCGAACCCGAGCCAGAAAAAGAAGAGGGGCCAGAGCAGCGUCAUGAAGGUAAAACUGUCCCGUGUGACGAUGAAUUCAUGCCAUCACCCGAUGAGGAGCCUUGUGAUUCUCCUGCCCAGUUUUCAAGUGGAGAGAUGUCGGAUGCAGCUCGUCAAAGUCCAAGAAGUCCAGGUCAGCGGACGAUGACCAAACAAUACAUUCAGGAUGAUGGGGAAGAAUACAGCACAUCUUUAAGUGUGGGAGAUGGACACUACCUGGUGGACUUGGGGAGCUCCUCAGAGUUCAUUGUUGAUGAAGAAUGUCUCCUCCAGCAGUUCAGGUCAUGCCGCAAAUGCAGCCAAGAAUGUAAAAUUAGAAAACGCUUGGAGGGACUGAAGCUCGUGCUCACCCAGGUGUGCUUUUUCUGUGCACACCGCUUCACAUGGACUAAUCUGUCGGACAACGAAGACGAUAACGAUGACAGCGAUUUCUAGGUGAACUGUAAAGAUGCAGCCCACGUGCCAAGGUUGGUGAAUAAUACAGGAUUGUGACUGACGGAUCAGACAACUGUGUGGUGAACACUCCGCUCACUUCAGCAGUGGUCUGUGGUUAACCCUGCGAGGAUGAAUGUGAGCACACUUCCCGUUUGAGUGUGCAUGGAUUGUACUGUGCGUGCUCCGUGUACCAUAACACUUUCCAGUUCAGUUGGUGGUGCACUUUUGUUUUGGUCAAAAGACACACCGUAGGAGAUUGUAACCAUGGAAAAUUCACUGGUGUACAACUCGGAAGCUCAGAACGAGCAAGAGAAAGGCUCUCUGAGGACGAGAAACGCUACACUUAUGACCCGGCCACAACAACACUACGUUUGGAUCAUUCUCCUUUUGUAGUUGUUUUGUUAAUUUCCUUGUUUUAAGUGAUCUUCCUUGUUCCUCUUUGUUCAAAAUUGCACAGUUGCUUGAUAAAAUCAUUUUGUUUUAA